AUGCCGCGUGGCGAACGUUCCAGCACUGCGAGAGACAUUUGCGUACCGCAUCGAGGCACAAGCGCACUGAUCUCAUUCCUGACGCUCCCGCCGGAGUCGCCGAUUCGCCGCGCGUCCUCCAUCCGAACAUAUACUCUUCUCGCUGAAAAUCUGCCCAAUAUGGCUGCUGGUAUCGUUAACAUCCGCCGCGACGUGGACGACAAGUUCUACCGCUACCGCAUGCCCGUCCUGCUGACGAAGAUCGAAGGCAAGGGCAACGGUAUCAAGACCGUCCUGCCCAACAUGUCCGACGUCGCACGUGCGCUCUCCCGCCCGCCGACGUACCCGACCAAAUUCUUCGGGUCCGAGCUCGGCGCGCAGACGAGCGUGGACGAGAAGAACGACCGCUACAUCGUCAACGGCGCACAUGACGCCAACCGUCUGCGCGAGCUGCUCGACGGGUUCAUCGACAAAUUCGUGCUGUGCGGCAGCUGCAAGAACCCCGAGACGGAUCUUAUUCUGCUCAAGGGCGAUAUGAUCGUGCGCGACUGCAAGGCGUGCGGUGUGCGCUCCAAUGUCGACAUGCGCCACAAGCUCACGACGUACAUCGUCAAGAACCCGCCGAAGAAGACGAAGAACAAGAAGGGCGGUCACGCGGAAGGCCCGUCUACCGGCGGCGCGCCGCCCGCGGAGGGUGGCGCCGCCGGCGAGGGAGAUGCCGAGGACGGUGGCGAGGACGCGGGCAGCGACGAUGAGCUCACCAAGCGUAUCAAGUCGGAAGCCGCGGAGCUUAGCCAGGACACAGCGCUCGCGAAGGAGGACUGGUCGGCCGAUACGUCGCCCGAGGCCGUCAAGGCGCGCAUGGAGAAACUCGGCGCCGGUAUGGCCGACUUGGCUGUGGCGGCAGGCGAUGACGACGACGACGAUGACGGCGCGAACAGCCCGUACGGUAUUCUCCAGGCGUGGGCUAUCGAGAAUCGCGGUGUAGAGCCUAUCGAGGUCGUCAAGAAGGUGCAGGAGCUGGGCAUCGAGAAGAAGCACAAGGCUGUGCUCGUUCUCUCCCAGAGCCUCUUCACCGCCAACGCGCUUAAGGAGAUCCCCAAGUACCUCCCGGUCUUCGCCAAGCUCGUUACUAGCGAGAAACACCAGAAGUCGCUCCUAGGUGGUAUUGAGCGUCUCGCCGGCCUUGACUGCCCGGAUCUUGUGCCCGCCGUGCCCAAGAUUCUUAUGGCCUUCUACCAGGCCGACGUGCUCGAUGAGGACGUGGUCAAGACGUGGGGCACCCACGUCUCGAAGAAGUACGUGGACAAGGAGACGAGCAAGAUGGUUCGGAAGGCUAGCCAGCCGUUCCUCGAGUGGCUCGACCAAGCUGAGGACGAUGAUGACUCCGAGUAG